UUGUAGGUGAAGAAAAAAGUGCGGUCAAAAUGUCUCUAUUCUUUCGUAUAUUCAACGCGGUCUUUACCAGGGCCCUUUUCGUGACCCAUGCGAUCCUAACGUUGGUAAAAUUACGCGAAGUUCAUGAAAUCAAGUUUGGUUACAUCGUCUUGUACUGUUUCGGAUUGUUGCUGUUGGUCAGCGAAAGUGUUUACACUUUGAUCAGAAGAAAAGGAUUAGAAUACAAAUAUGUCUGGCCAGGAGGUUUGUGUUAUCUUCUCACAAUACUGUCGCUAAUUUGGGCUGUCGAAAUGGCUAUGUUGGAAGACCAAAAUGAAAACAGUUUUGAAUUCAGUCAAAAAUUCUCCGAGUUAGGUUUAAUUAUCGUAAUAAUCACAGGCCGUUGGCUUCUUCCAAGAGGAAAGAUAACCAGAGAUCAACUGUCUGCAUUGUUGCUUACGUAUGUUGGCACAGCAGCUGACAUUAUGGAACUAUUCGAAGUUUUUGACGACAAGAAAGAGCUUCGCCUGAAUAAGGAUCUGUAUAUCGCCGUACUUUGUACGUACACCUGGAGUGUUCUUCAGUUUGCCUUCGUGAGAACGGCUACCGCCGAGACCGUUGCCGAUCAUGAUCCAUUGCGCGAAACAAAGAUGGAAGUAAAAAAUAUGAGAGGCAGAUCACGAACGCUAAGUCAAACGGCAGGCAAGGACCACGAGACACCGAACAAAGUGGCUUUGAACCGCUCCAUGCCAAAAUACCUUCACAAACUGGUGAAGAAAUCUCGCGCACACAACCAGAAAAGAUUGCUCGAAGCUUACAGACUGGAAGACGAAGAGAUUCGAACGAGAAACAAACUUCUCCUUAAACUACGCGAAGAGCAACUUCGAGAGUUGCAGAAAGCGAAAAAGAGUCGUUUUCAUGGCGAUCUUUACAACAUUCUCGUGGGAAUCUUCAUGAUGGACGCACCGUUUCUUAUACUUCGUCUGAUCAUGAUAUUUAAGUUCGGUGUGACGACCGAUCUUCAUUUGUUGUUUACUGGUAAAAAUGCUAUAGGAGUAAGUUUACUUAUCUACAGAUUGUGCAUUCUUACAUGCGCCUACAAUUGAUGAAACUAGUAUAUGAGCCAGUAUGUGAACCACUACGC